CGCUCCCCACGUACACACAGACAGAUACGCACUUACACACACGCCCAUCACAUGCUGCACAUGGAUUCACGUGCAACACGUUGUCAGUGGAACCCAGGGGCGGGGCGGGAGGGGAUGCCAGGAGGAACCGCCCAUUGGCUCAUCUCGAGCGCUGCGUGUUAACGCUCCCGCACCACCACCACCACGAGCCCCCCCUCCUCCUCUCACUUCUCUCCACUCCGCUGCUCGACCGCCCCGCGCGGGGCACCACGCGCUCCGGCCCUGACCCUCACCCUGGAGAGCAGCAGCGGUAGCGGCGGAGGCGGCGGACGAGGAGGAGGAGGAGGGCCCGCGUGUUGCUGCUCAUCUCGCGCGCCCCGUCUCGACGCAGCAGCAGCAGCAGCCCGACAGCAGAGCCGACGCAGCAUCGCGGUCGCAAACUACCACGACAACACGGGAGCAGCUACAACUACUCGAGCAGCAACAACAACAACAACUACAGCGGCGGCGGCGGCGGCCACCACAGCACCACCGAUGAGCACGGUUGGCUACGUACGGUGCGCAAGAAGUUCAACGCGCAUACAACAGCGAGGGGAGUAGCGGCAGGAGUUCGGGGAGGGAUCGGCGGCGCGCGAUGCCAGACGCGAGACCGCGCCGCGCUCUUCGCAGCGCGGUCGUGGCUCAGCGGUCGUGGCUCCGUUGGGGCUCGGACUCGUGAGCCCCCGGGCAGCGCUGAGUCGCGCUGAGCCCUUACCCCCCCCCCCCACCCCCCUCUCUUCCCACUCUCCCUCCCCUCUCUAUAAUACAGAGCUCUCGCUCUCUCCAGGAGCCACGACGCUCUGCGAGCCAGGCGUUUCCUCUCUCCAUGAGCCGCGGGUCUUGAUUUAUGCAUGAGCCAGGCGACUUCGUCUCCUUGAGCCAGGCGACUCCGUCUCGAUGAGCCAGGCGACUCCGUCUCCGUGAGCCAGGCGACUUCGUCUCCUUGAGCCAGGCGACUCCGUCUUGAUGAGCCAGGCGACUUCGUCUUCACAAGCCAGGCGACUCCGUCUCCUUGAGCCAGGCGGCUCCGUCUUCAUGAGCCAGGCGACUUCGUCUUCAUGAGCCAGGCGACUCCGUUGUCAUGAGCCAGGCGACUCCGUCUCGAUGAGCCAGGCGACUUCGUCUUCAUGAGCCAGGCGACUUCGUCUUCAUGAGCCAGGCGACUUCGUCUUCAUGAGCCUGGCGACUUCGUCUUCAUGAGCCAGGCGACUUCGUCUUCAUGAGCCAGGCGACUUCGUCUUCAUGAGCCAGGCGACUUCGUCUUCAUGAGCCAGGCGACUUCGUCUUCAUGAGCCAGGCGACUUCGUCUUCAUGAGCCAGGCGACUUCGUCUUCAUGAGCCAGGCGACUUCGCCUUCUUGAGCCAGGCGACUUCGUCUUCAUGAGCCAGGCCACUUCGUCUUCAUGAGCCAGGCGACUUCGUCUUCAUGAGCCAGGCGACUUCGUCUUCAUGAGCCAGGCGACUUCGUCUCCUUGAGCCAGGCGACUUCGUCUCCUUGAGCCACGAGCUCUCGUUCUCUCCAGCAGCCAGGACGCUCCCUCCUUGAGCCAGGCGUCUCCCGUCUUCAUGAGCCAGGCGUCUCCCCGUCUUCAUGAGCCACGAGCUCUUCCCUGAGCCAGGGCUCCCGGUCUUCGUGAGCCAGGGCUGAGCGGGAGGGAGGAGCGCGGAGUCCCUGGGAUGCACCGCCUCUUCUCGGACUACGCGGAGGCCGCGGUGGCGAGCGGCACGGCUGCCGGGGUCUUGGCCGGCGAUGGCUCGGCGCUGGCGGCGGGCUCCCUGCCUCCCCUCAACGGCUCCUUCGGCAUGGGGUUCGCCCCCUUCCCGGACCGGCUGCAGAUGGUCCGCAAGGAGAAGUCUCGUGACGCAGCUCGCUCACGGCGCGGCAAGGAGAACUUCGAGUUCUACGAGCUGGCCAAGCUGCUGCCGCUGCCCGGCGCCAUCACGAGCCAACUCGACAAGGCCUCCAUCGUGCGCCUCACCAUCAGCUACCUGAAGAUCCGCAACUUCGCGGCCCACGGCGACCCGCCCUGGAACCUCCGCAGCGAGGGGCCGCCGCCCAACACCUCGGUCAAAGCGAUCGGCGUUCAGCGGCGUAGGAGCCCCAGCGCGCUGGCGCAGGAGGUGUUUGAGCAGCACCUGGGGAGCCACGUCCUGCAGGCACUGGACGGCUUUGUGUUCGCGCUCACGCAGGACGGCCGCUUUCUCUACAUCUCCGAGACGGUGUCCAUCUACCUGGGCCUCUCACAGGUGGAGAUGACGGGUAGCAGCGUGUUCGAGUACGUGCACCCGGGCGACCACGCCGAGCUCGCCGAGCACCUGGGCAUGAGGCUGCCCCCCUGCCGGGGUGCCCAGCCCCCCGCGGGGGGCCACGCCGCCGGCGACGGCUCCUCCCCCACCUCGUCCGGGCCCGAGACCCCCGACACCGUGGAGCCCGUGGCCCCAACGAUGAUCACCGCCGAGCAGCCCCGCGAGCGAUCCUUCUUCCUGCGCAUGAAGUCGACGCUCACCAAGCGCGGGCUGCACGUCAAGGCCUCGGGCUUCAAGGUGAUCCACGUGACGGGGCGGCUGCGGGUGCGGCUGCCCCUGUCGCACGCGAUGCCACCGUCACCGACGCCGCUGCUGGGCCUCGUAGCGCUGGCGCAUGCACUGCCGCCCCCCGCGCUGAGCGAGGUGCGCGUUGACUGCCACAUGUUCGUCACGCGCCUUGACCUCGACCUCAAGAUCGUCUACUGUGAGAACAGGGUCAGCGAGUUCAUGGACAUGUCUCCUGGCGAGCUGCUGGGGCGCAGCUGCUACCACUUCGUCCACGCCGAGGACGUGGAGGCGAUCCGGCACUGCCACGUCGACCUUAUCAACAAGGGCCAGUGCGUGACACAGUACUACCGCUGGAUGCAGCGGCACGGCGGCUACGUGUGGAUCCAGUCGCUGGCCACCGUCUCCAUCAACGUCAAGAACGCCGGCGGCGACAAGAACAUCGUCUGGGUCAACUACCUGCUCAGUAACCACGAGCGCGGCGACUGCCCCAUGGACCUGCAGCAGCUUCCGCGGCGAGGCGAGGCCGAUGGGGUCACGGGGUCGUCGCACCGCGCCACUCCAGGGGUCGUCACUGCUGGUGAGAGGCACCGGGACGAGGCCGAGAACCUCCACACAGACAAGAACCACGCGAGCCCUGGCGGCAGCGGCGACGGUGGCGCCGGCGCCAGGAGGAGGCGGAGCCACGCGGCGGCGGUGCCGGCGCAGGGCAACGACGGGCGGCCGACGUGCGCCCCCACACGCCACAACGGCCGCGAUCGCGUCCACGGGGAGGCUGCCGGCGGGGGGCGGCCGGCGGCGCCCGCGAGCGGCCGUGCCGCCCGCGGCUCCGGCGACUCGAGCGAGGGGGCGGGGGACUCGGACCCGGAGUCGGCGCCCGCGGCCGUGGCCGCUCCGCCGCCCGUCCCCGCGCCGCUCCCCAGCGUCAAGGUCGAGGCCGGCCGCGACACGCUGGGCCCGGCGCGCGUCCCGAGCCAGAGGCCCGCCGAGGCCGACGGCGACGACGGCGACGACGUCGACGACGAUGACGAAAGGGACUCGGACGGCGAUGCGCGGUCGACGGCGUCGUCCGGCCGGUGCCGGCGGCCGGGCCGGCGCGACCACGGGGCCCGGCGGGCGGCCCCGGGGAGGACUCGCCCCCCCGAGGAUGCGCCGGCAUGCAAGGCCAUCAAGACGGAGAGCUCGGAGCCGCUCAACUUCGACAACGACAGCAGCAUCUGGCACUUCCCCCCCAACCGCGAGAUCUCGCGCAACGAGUCGCCCUUCAGCAUGACGGCGCGCGGCGCGGGGGCCGGCGACAAGGCGUCGGCGGACUCGCCAUUCCCCGUCUCCCCCGGCGCCGGCUCCACCCGCAGCCUCACGCCCGUGCAGUCCGAGCCGGCGCUGUCUUCGCCGCGGGACGCGAACGGCGGCGGCGGUGGCGGCGGCGCCGGAGCGGCGAAGCCCGGCGCGCGCCCCGUCCCGGGCCUCGCCUCGUUCGUCUACAGCGCCGGCGAGGUGGAGAUGCUGCAGCGGCUGCAGCAGCACGGCAACUUGGUGCUGCCGCUGGCUCAUGGCGUGGCCGGACCCUCGGCGGCGCACCACCACCCGCACCGCCCCCACCACCACCCGCACCACCCCCACCACCACCCGCACCACCCCCACCACCACCCGCACCACCCGCCACGCAUCUACACCACGGGCACCAUCCGCUACGCGCCGGCCGACCCGAGCUUCACGGCUCAGGGCGGACUCCUCCCGGCGAAUCUGGCGGCGGGCUUCGGCCUGGACCCCAAGACUUCGAUGGAGAUGCUCUACCACCACGUGCAGAGGCUGGGCGCGGCGCCCGCCUCCUUCUCGGCGCCGGGCGCCGCCGCGGGGCUGGCGCAGCUGCCCGGCGGCGCCGGCGUCUUCUCGACGCCCGAGGGGUUCUUUACGACGCUGCCGUUCCACGUCUACGGGAAUGGAGUCCACGCCGCGCCGCUGCCGCCACUGCCGCAGCCGGCGGCCGAGAGGAAGGAGAACUGAGAGCGGCCGGGCGCGCCGUCUAAAAAAAAACACGUUAAGCGGCACGGCAAGCGACGCCGCCGGGUCGACGCCGGCGGCGGGCGCUGC